AGUCUAACUAUGGCGGUGCAGAUCACCAGUUACCAACCAUACCCCGCGAAAUUUCAGAAUUCGCGCGCUACGAAGAUCGACACAAUAGCAAGCGAGAGUAUGGUUGUUUGGACGUCCGAUUCAUCAUUGAAAUUGUAAUUGUAUGUGUUGUUUCAAAUCCUAGAUCUUUUUCCAUAUUAUUUUGUAUUACAUUAUUUUUGAGUUCGUAAUAUACGAUGGUACGAACAAAGGCAGACGGAGGAGCAAGAAAAGCUGUGGCAGCAAAAGCACCAAGAAAAUCCCUUGGUGGUGUGGGAGGUGCCGGUAGUGGAUCUGCUAUACUGUCACCCAAAGCUGCUGGAAAAAACAAGUAUGCAGGAGGAAAUGUUGUAUGCGACCGUCCAACUCCGGAGUGGCAGAAAGGUAUAAUGAACUUUCUAAUUCAAACAUCAAAACCAAAGAAAAUCGAUAAGGAAAAUGACAAUCCAGAGGAUGAUGCUGGAGCUGGCACUAGUACUAAUAGAGAUACAGAGAUUUGUGAAGAAAUAAAAGAACAGACAGAAGCGGUUGAAACAGAAGAGGUUGAAAACAAUGAAGAAAUGAUGGACAAAGACGAUGGGAAAGAUAAAACGAAUAUAUCUGAAUCAAGCUCAUCUCAUUUCAAGAAAAACAAUUGCAUAGAUGACAGUGAUGAUGAUGAAUAGAAAGAUCAUAUCUCAAUGGAUUUUUAAAUAAACUAUCAUUUAUUUGUCUUACUAAUUUUCAGAGACAAUAAUAGUAAAAGGAAACAAUGAGCGUUUUAUUGGACAAACUAUCAAAACUAAAUGGCAAUUGAGUGGGAACUCUUGCAAAAUUGAUAAACACUUACAUUGAAAGAUGUUGAUGUCCAUUAACCUUUCUGAUGCGUGCUCUACUAUUCUAUAACAUGGAGCUUAUCUAGCCAUGGAAACUUAACGUUACCUUAAUAUGAUGCUUGCUCUACCACUCUCAAAACAUGGAGCUGAUUUAGCUGUGGAAAUAUUGAACGCCAUUGCCUUUGUGAUAUAUGCACUAUCAUCAACCCAUAACGGGGAGCUGAUCUAGCCACGGAAAUUUUUUUGUUACCUUUAUGGUACAUGAUCUACUACUACCCUAUAACGUGGAGCUGAUCGAGCCAUGGAAAUCUUAACAAGCCUUUUUGAUACAUGCUGUACUACCCUAUUACAUGGAGCUGAUCUAACCACGGAAAUUUUAUAAUUGCCUUUGUGAUAUGUGGCAUACUACCCCCAUAAUGUGCUGAAAGUGUGUAGCCCAUUUUUGAUAAAUGAUGCCAUCUCUUAAUUAAAUUAAAGGUAGUAGCUAUUGUUACACCAGUCUAAAACCAAUUCUUAAUUGUAAAUGGAUGUCGUAAUCCAAUCCAUACAUUCGAUAACCUUCAAUCAGAAUUAGGAAUGGUUGUUUAAUACUGGUGUGACAAUAGCCACUGCAAAAAUUAACUUUACUGUUAAAAUAUGUUGCAAGAUAAAUGUAGUACAAGUAAUAGUUCAGCAACCAGCUACUUCACUGCCUCAUUUCAAACUGGACAAGUUGUAUUUUGUUCACUGUAUUUUUAGUUAAGUUAGGACUUGAAGAUAAAAUAAACUGUGCCAAAAAUAACAUUUC